GACUGUUCUUUGUGCGUCACGAGAAAUUCUAAAUAUCAGUGCACUUGGUGUGGAAACACUUGCAGCUACAACGAAACAUGCCAAUUUGUAUCUCAUCCAGAAUGUCCUAAACCAAGAAUAGAUGUUAUUAAGCCAUUAAGUGGUCCAAUAGAAGGUGGCACAUUAGUUACUAUUGAAGGCAGUAAUUUAGGUUUGAGGAAAGAAGAUGUAAUGGGAAAAAUAAAAAUAGGAAAAGUGCCGUGUGAACUUGUAACUUACGAGGUUUCUGUCAAAAUUCAAUGCAUAACAGGAUCGUCCCUUACAGAAAUGACUGCACCGGUAAUAGUGGGGAAUGAAGCAGGAUACACCGAGUCUGCAGUAGAAUUCAGCUACAAGGAUAUUCGGUUGAUAAACGUGUACCCUCGGAUUGGACCUCAGUCGGGAGGUACACAGUUGGCAAUUACUGGUCAAUACUUGAAUAUCGGCACUGUUAUAGUGGCUUACCUCGACAAUUAUGCUUGUCGUGUAAAUUUAACGCAAGCGUCAAGUAGUAGAUUAACUUGUGUAACAUCUCGUGCUUCAAAACCGACAAACAUAGCGCGGCUUACAUUGAGUAUAGAUGGAGCAAAUCGAACACUUGAGGGAAACCCUUUUAAUUACACACAAGAUCCCACAAUAAUGGAAAUAAAACCAUUAAAAAGUUUCGUUUCUGGUGGUCGUAUGAUCUUCGUCCAUGGAAGUAAUCUCAACAGUAUCCAGAAACCAGAAAUGGAAGUUUAUUAUUUCAACGAUCCUGUGCCAGUGAACAAAACUGUUUGUACCGUCCUUAGUUCGACCCAGAUGGAAUGUCCUAGUCCAGCAGUUAAUCGUCAAUUUUUGUUGGCAAGCACUCGAAUUCCGCGUUCUGUACCUAGAAAAAAUUCGGUUGCAAAAACUUUAGAACUUAAUCUUCGUAUAGAAUUUGUUAUGGACGACGUUGUAACAGUACGUGAUUUAGAAAAACAUUUUCCUAAUUUACGUUCUCAGUUGUUGUUCGUGGAAGAUCCGAAAUUUUUCGAAUUCCCGAACCAGGUAAAGCUUUAUAAAGGGGAUACUUUGGUAAUAGAAGGAGAAAAUUUGAACGUAGCCAGCGAUGAGACAGAUGUUGUCGUUACAAUAGGAAGAAAACCCUGCAAUGUCACCAGUUUGGCUUUAACACAACUUGUCUGUUCUCCUCCAGAACAGCAGCCAGAAGAUCUAGAUGAAAAUGGCGUUAAAACUGAUAAGAGUCUUCCGCUAGUUGUUGUCAGAGUUGGAAGAAACCUUCGCUUUCCCAUCGGUUAUUUAAGAUACGACUUAUUAAAACCGUUCACUUUCCCACCAGAAGCUAUAGCAAUGAUAGCAGCCGGAAUAUUCUUAUUUGUUGUAUUUUUUCUGGCUGUACUUGUUAUUUACAGACGAAAAUCUACACAAGCUGAACGUGAAUAUAAACGUAUCCAAAUUCAAAUGGAUACCUUAGAAAGUAACGUGCGCUCUGAAUGUAAACAAGCAUUUGCAGAAUUACAAACAGAUAUGACAGAUUUAACAGCAGAUUUAGAAAAUUCCGGUAUACCUACCCUUGAUCAUAUGAGUUAUAUUAUGAAGGUCUUCUUUCCCGGUGUUAGUGAUCACCCUAUACUGAACGCUCCGAAGGUUCGAAUUAAUGGUCCCAGAACAAACUACGAUGCAGCAAUGCUGCAGUUUGAACAACUUAUAAACACCAAACAUUUUCUUCUUUGUUUUAUAGAGACUUUAGAAGCUCAAAAAUCAUUUAAUAUUCGGGAUAAGGUAAACGUGGCGUCCCUGCUAAUGGUUGUUUUAAUGGGUAAAAUGGAAUAUGCUACAGAUAUUUUAAAAUGCCUUUUACUUCGAUUAAUAGAAAAAUCGGUUAAUACAAAACAUCCACAGUUAAUGUUGCGGAGAACCGAGAGUGUUGUAGAAAAAAUGUUAACUAAUUGGAUGGCCCUUUGUAUGUAUUCUUAUUUAAAAGAGUACGCUGGUUCGUCUUUGUUCUUACUAUUCAAAGCAAUUAAACACCAAAUUGAAAAGGGUCUUGUGGAUGCAAUCACACAUGAUGCGAGGUAUUCUCUUUCUGAAGAACGACUAUUAAAGGAACAAAUAGAGCACAGUGUGGUGACUCUACAUAUAGUUCAAGAAGAUCUCGAUGAGAAAAUCCAGUGUAAAGUCCUAGAUUGUGAUACUAUAAGCCAAGUUAAGUCAAAAAUUUUAGAUGCUCUGUUUAAAAAUACUCCGUUUUCGAUGAGACCGUCUAUUUAUGAAGUAGACUUAGAAUGGAGACAUGGCAGAGGAGGUCAUUUAACGUUACAAGACGAAGAUCUUACGACAAAAACAAUAAAUGGUUGGAAAAAGUUGAAUACUUUGGCUCAUUAUGGAGUCAAAGAGAGUGCAGUAAUGUCGUUAAUUUCGCGACAGAACGAUAGUUUCAACAAUUGCAAGCAAUCGUGCCAUAAUUUUAUUUUAGGCACAGCUGGAAUGUACUUCAACAAUUUACAAAAUCCCAUCAUUACUGUAAACGGUGACAUUGAAAUAGGCAUAAAUCACCCCAAGAUUUAUCAUUUGGUUAAACCUGUUGAUGAUCACCAAUACUCCAGUAAAACAGCCGAACGGACACAUAAAGCUAUCCCAGAAAUAUUCUUAACGAGAUUGUUAUCAACAAAAGGGACGAUACAAAAAUUCGUGGACGAUUUUUUUCUUAACAUUCUCACGGUGAAUGACGCUCUUCCUCCUGCUAUUAAAUGGUUGUUCGACUUAUUGGAUGAUGCAGCUAAGAAGCACGGCAUCCAAGACCCCGAAGUUGUCCAUGCUUGGAAAUCAAAUAGCCUCCCUCUUCGAUUUUGGGUGAACUUUAUAAAAAAUCCGGACUUUAUUUUCGACAUUAAUAAAACAGCUACUUUGGACUCCUGUCUCUCGGUUAUUGCGCAAACCUUCAUGGAUGCAUGCUCUACUACAGAGCACCGUUUAGGAAAGGAUUCGCCGUCAAACAAAUUACUCUUUGCAAAAGAUAUUCCACGCUAUCGUGAUAUGGUCUCCCAAUUUUAUUAUGACGUCGCAAUGUUGCCUGUAAUAACUGAUCAGGAAAUGGGUUCUGCUAUGCAACAGUUAUCUGCCCAACAAGCGGAUGAAUUUGACACCGUUGCUGCAUUGAAGGAACUCUACAUUUACGUCACCAAGUAUCGUGAACAGAUAACGGAAUCGUUAAAUACAGAUGUAAAUUGUCGUCGUUUGCAUUUGACGCAUAAAUUAAACAAUGUCGCUUGCACUUUAGAAGGAGAAGAGACAUCAGCUUGCUGACCUCGUCAGUCACCUGAUCUCACCCUGCUUCGAGCCAUUGCGCCAAAUUCCGUGUGUAUUAAGCACUCCAAAAUUUGUGACUUGUACAAAUACAGAAAUAGCUCUCUCUAAGAAAGACGUUGAACGAAAGGAGUCGCUUGUGCACUUAAUGCUGUGAUAACAGGCGCAAGAUCAGGUGACUGUGAUUAGACACGUACUUACCCUCCACUGGCUGCUUGUUUCCUUCCUGAGUGCCUCGCCAUGCCAUGGGACGUGACUUAGACUGUACUUGUGUCUGUACAAGACGUUUCAUUUAUCCUAUCCCUACUUUUCUACCUCACUUACUUGAAAGGAAAAGUUAGAAAUAACGAUUAUCAUGCAGUUUAGAUUGUUUAAUUUUUAACAGCGAAGCUUAAUCUCGUUCACUUGUAACUUAAAUAUGCUAUGUUUUUGUUUAAAUAGUCUUAUUUUUAUAUCAUAAUAUCAAUUUAAAAUCGGGUUUUAUUUUUUUUUUUCUUGCUGCAAUAGAUCUAGAGACUUUGCUGGAAAGAAUAAUUGAAAUGUCCUGUACACAGUACCUGGUACGAAUAAAGACGCAAUUAUACAGCAAAUAUUCAUUCUGGUUAAAUAGUUUUAGGUGAAAUUAACAAAUUCUUUUUGUAUCUGACCAUCAGACUUUUUAUACACUUCACAACGCACUGUUUUCCAAAACUGACUUGCUAAGAAAAAUUUUCCUUUCCGUUUCCAGUGACCAAAUAUAUUUGUGCCUUUUAAAAAUAAUUCGGCAUAUAUAGUAACUCAUAUUCUUUAAUAUUUUAUUUAAAGGUGUUAAGUACCACUUUCCUCUAAAACUAUAUAAUUUUUUUUCUAAAAAAUGAAAAUUAUGUUGUUUUAAAAGUUUCGGAUGAUAGAGAUAAAAACAGAAGUUGGACUUGAUACUUGAAAGCUUUAAAUUAGCCCAGCAAAAAAUUCUUUAAAACAUUAAUGUGCUAAUUAUGUUAUAAGUAGA